GACUGUAUCGAUGGACCAUCGAUAGCUUUUAUAUCAGCUGUAAAAGCAUGAUUAUCUAAACAUUUAUUUUUUAUUUCAUGGUAAAAUUUAUAAAAAUGAACGUGAGCAGGGCCAUGAGUAAAAGAUGGGCACAACAGUGCGUCUUCAAUCGAAUCGUCACAUUUUCCACAAAACCCACGCAACACGCCGCCGCUGUCUCCGAGCCGGCAGCAGAACAGAAAACAGUUGCGACUCCUGCCGCCGCUACAGCUCAGCCAGCCACAACCACGCCCGCGCCCACAACGGCACGCAAGCCCAUUGUACCUUCUAACUAUAGGUUCAUUUAUCCCGAAUUCCUGCCUGAUCCCAAAGUGGAAUGGCGGAACCCGAUCCGUGAGAAGCUUGAACGCUUAGAUAUGCUAGACCGUCGUCGUCAAAUUGAUCUGCCAGAGUUCUAUGUGGGCUCCAUAAUGGCGGUAACCAGCUCCGAUCCCCAUGCUGCGGGCAAGACCAGUCGCUUUGUCGGCAUUUGUAUCAAUCGGGACCGCUGCGGUCUGCGCUCUCGAUUCGUGCUGCGGAACGUGAUUGAUCAUCAGGGUAUGGAGGUGGUCUACGAGCUGUACGAUCCCACCAUCCAAAAGGUGGAAGUGCUGCGUCUCGAGAAGCGUCUGGACGACAACCUGUUCUACCUCCGCGACGCUCUGCCGGAGUACAGCACAUUUGAUGAAAACAUGGAAGCCGAACACCUGGAGGAGGGUGCUCCAGUGCCGGUGAAUGACAUCAAAGUUGUCCUCCGCCCGCGACCCUGGCUGGAGCGUUGGGAGCGCCAAAACCUACUCGGUGUUGCAAAUAUUGAUCAGUAUAUUAAGGACAAGCACCGCAAAUCGGCGGAGAGAGUGCAAAAGCCUUGGGAGAAGUUCGAUAUGAUGAAACAAUAUCGCUCCACCAUACCCGAGGAAGAGCAGAAGGAGGUCUUUGCCGAGGUCCACACAGAACUGCACAGCAUGGAGCUGCAGCGCAAACGCAAUAAGCGAAAGCGCACCUUUGGGAAGCCCAAGCAGCUUGCAUAAAACAUUUGCAUUUGUUAUUCAUAGUUUUACCCAAAUAAACCUAAAACGUGUUGUUUGACUGAAG